AAAAAAAAAUUAAAAUUAAAGCCAAACAGCCUCAUCGUCUCUCUAUAAAGCUGCAUCAAAUCCAGUGUGUGUUUCUCGAAGCUCUGGUGAUAAUGGCGUCGGUGGGCCAGGCCGCGGAGGUGUACGAGCCGAAGCCACUCCAAGUCUGGCGAGCUCUGAUGAACUGGUUGGGCUUCUUCUUCCAGAUCAUCGUUCAGAUCCUCAGAGGCGCCCCCUGCCUCGCUCAUUUGCUGUCGUACGUUCCUCUCCUCGCUUCUUCUUCUUCUUUCAGGCCCUUGCCUGUCAGUGAAAUCCCUCUCAACGACACGUCGUCCUCCGCCCACGCCAACCUCGAAAACGGCGUCGUAACCGACGAUCACCGCCUUCAAAAGCUCACGGUAGUUCUUGACUUAGAUGAGACGCUAGUGUGUGCGUACGAAACAUCUUCCUUGCCUGCUAUUGUUCGAACUCAAGCAACAGAUGCUGGGUUGAAGUGGUUUGAGAUAGAAUGUGUAUCUUCAGACAAGGAGUCUGAUGGUAAACCGAAGAUCAGUUAUGUGACAGUGUUUGAACGUCCUGGUUUGCACGAGUUCUUGAAACGGAUCUGUGAAUUUGCUGAUCUUGUCCUAUUUACUGCUGGUCUUGAAGGUUAUGCUAGGCCACUUGUUGACAGAAUUGAUUUGGAGAACAGAUUUAAGCUUCGUCUUUAUCGGCCUGCUACAGUUACCACGGAAAACCGGGAUCAUGUGAAAGAUCUGUCUUGUAUAUCAAAAGAUCUCUGUCGAGUUGUUAUUGUUGACAACAACCCAUUUAGUUUUCUGCUGCAACCGGUGAAUGGAGUUCCAUGUAUUCCGUUUUCUGCUGGACAUCCAUAUGAUGACCAGGUAACUGAUUUGCUUGCAUUUCAAGAAGUUGAAUACUAUAUGAAACUUGCUUUAAUAUCCUUUGUGUAUAUUUCAUGUGGAUUCUUCAGCUCUUGGAGGUGCUGCUUCCACUCCUCCAGCACCUCGCCCAGCAAAAGGAUGUGAGGCCUGUGCUUUAUGAGAGAUUCCACAUGCCGGAAUGGUUUCAAAUGCAUGGAAUUACUAUUUCUGGUUAGACAUUGUAAUGUUUGCUAGGUCACUAAUGGAUGACAGCUGCAAUUUUUCUCAAAGAACCUGACUAGAUACUUAUUGGUUCGAAGCAUUUCUUCAGAUCAUAUUAUUCUUGUAUCAAUGUUCUUCAUUGGUGCCGGCCGGCCAUGAAAAUGAUCAAGUUUAUUGGAUUACCUGCAAGGAUAAUGGCUUCAUAUAUAUCAGCAGUUUAAGUAUGAUGGUAGACUUAAGUCCGAUUCUUUUGUAAUUAAACAAUAUUCAAUUAGGCUGCAGACCGCAGAAGCUGUUGUAAUGAAUACCUUUUCUUAUCAUUAAGAUUUAGGCGAGUUUGCUUUCCGACCGUAA